AAAUCGCUGGAAAACCCAAAGCGAAUUGUUGUCGAAGGUGAUCCGCGAAGUUAUUUGUUCAAAUGGCAGGAAAUUCAAACAUUUAUCAAGCUAAGCCCAUGUCAGGAUGUCACAUGAAGAUACUGAGAUACCAGUGACCUAACUGAAUUAAAAAUUAAUUGGUACUGGCAUGGAAUGGUAGUGUCACUGUCCGAAGGCGCCUCAAUUCUUGACAGGGUGGACAAGACAAGCAAGAUGAUGGAAACAGACAUUGCUUCGGAAGAAUUGGUCAAACAGUUCCUUCUGCCUCAAUCAAUCUUACCCCCUUGUGUUGGAGAUGUUUUUGGUGCUAGUCCAACUCAAGAUUCGGUGGAAAAUCUGUCAGACUCUAUGCACCAGGCAACUUCAAGCAGUCUAGAUGGAAUACACGACGUUGAUACACUUGAAUCACCAGUGACGUGCACCCCAGAGUCUGACAUUCUUGAUAUUGCUACGACCCAGGUUGGUCUUGAAAGUCCUGUGGGAUUAACUGAUACGAUCGUUAAUCACCAGGCAGUGGACCAAACAUGUAUAACAAAUACUGGGAUUAAUUUAAAUCAGCCAAUUUUAAUUUUGAACAAUCAGCUCCCCACAGCAUGGGGUGGAACUAGUCUUCUCACUUCUGAGGGAGGGUUGUAUAUAGUUGUUGAUAAAGGAGCACAACAGACGAUCACAUUACCUAUUGCUGGGACGGCCACACAAAUCAACACUACCCAGGCCGGUACUGUACAGAAUCUACUUAUCAACUCCACAGCAUUUAAUAUUAUUCCUGAGGUCACUGAAUCCACAGAAGUUGUAGGUGAAGACUUAGAUCUCCGAGAUGAAGACAAAGAUGAAGAUGAACCAACACAGCCAUUUGAUUAUUCAAUAUUUCUCAAUAAACUUCCUCCAAAGAUUGAAAUCCCAGCCACACAAGCUGGGGACAAUUCCUCAAUUCUUUUCCAAGUCAUGGGCGAUGAUGGCGAAGUGCAGAAUGUUAAUAUUGAUCCGGUGGAAAUGGAAAAUAGUGAAGAAAAAACUGUCCCACCUGCUGUUGUGAGUGAUCCGGUGAAAAGUCCUAGUUCAGAGAAUCAGAUCUUUAAGUGUGACUUGUGUACAGCAACAUUCAAUAGGAAGGGCAACUUCACCAGACAUCGACUAGUACACACUGUCAACUCCAAAGAAGCAUUCCGGUACCAGUGUGACAAAUGUUCACGGCAAUUCCUGCAGAAAUGUGAUUUGACUCGUCAUAUGCAUAUCCACAAUAGGACAGAGCCACACCGGUGCAGCGUAUGUGAUAAAGGUUACAUUCGAAUGAAAGACUUGCUGGUUCACAUGAAGUUCCACAGCCGAGAUAAGAACCUUCAAUGCCCACACUGUGACAAGAACUUCUACCAAAGUGGUGACUUAAAACGGCAUGUGCGCUGUGUACACGAAAAGUCAAAGGGAUUAACGUGUGGACAUUGCCAGAAGAAGUACGCAAAGGAGUCGACGCUGAUACGCCACAUGCAGACUCAUCAUCGUGAUAUCAUCUUACAAUCCCUCGAUCAAAUCUCGGGAAAGAAAGGCGACGCUGAACAAGAGACUGGCAUUAGUAGCAGUACAUGUACUGGUGGCAAUGCUUCUGUUCCGGAAUUGAGUGACAUUUGAUGGGAUCCACCAAUCAGCCCAGUCAGGGAAGCUUAGGAUUUAGUGUUGCCAGAUCCUUAUUUUGAGAAAAAUUUUCAUGCAGUGUCCUGCUAAAACCACAAGCGUAUUUGAAAAUAUGGGCCAUUUUUGGCAUUACACAUCUCCUGGAUCCAAACCCUGCUUGUGGGCUGGCACUGCUGAUUAGAUUGCCAAAGAGAUAGCCAGUGAAGCAAGGUUGACAAUGUAAAGAUCAAGAAUUGCUGAAGACCAGUGUUAAGAGGUCUUUAUUCAUUCUUUUAAACAUGUAUAAUAAAAUCAUGUUGAAAUCUAAUAAUGUUUAGUGGCUCUGGACAUGAAAGAGCAGACAAGUUGAAACUCAUUGAUUUCUGGUGUUUUGUUUGUAUGCAAAACAAUGGGUUGUGUCUAUAAGAAACAUUGCGAGCUUCAAAAAGAGAAGAUAUGCCAAGUCUAUAUUACCACUCAAAAUGGUAUGAAAUCAGUAUCAAAGUGCUACCAAGAAAAGACUAUUCAUUUAUUUUUGUUGGUACAAUGUAGGUCUUCUUAAAGUUACUUUCUCACUUCCAACUUUAAAUACAUUUCCAAUCAAGUAAGUUCCGGGGACAGUGGCUGAUAUUUUUGCUGUUCUCUGCUACAUGUAUGUGUCUUGUUUCCAUGUGGACAAAACAGGAUUAAAAUUGGAUCAUGUCUUAUAAUCUAUUUAGAAUGUUGGUGUAUGUUUAGGCAAGAUUAAAUGUUUGGGAGGCUAAUUCUUCUGCCAGUUAACUCGGUUUGUGAGUAAUCGUGAUUGACUUAUCGCUUUGUGGCAUUGACUGUAAACAAAAUGAUCUCUCCUCUGUUAUAAAUCUUUAUGUAUUCUGUACGUGUGCCUUUGUACAUCUUCUUAUAAGGAACUUAUUUAUUGUUUACAGAACAUGUGGUGCUCCUUUUGGAGCUGUUGGGCAAGUGUUGUCAAAUUAGAGAAUAUCCUGGCCUGGGUUCACCAGCCUGUACGAUUUGAUAGUAGCCACAGUUAUCGAUUUGAGAUGGGAUGCUGGGUUCACAUUGGGAUUAUAGUCAGCUUUGACAGCGACAAGUGGUCAUAAUAUCUCCAGUGCUUAUCUUGAAGUCUGUUGAACAGUGCUGUUGACAAACCGAGGUUUAAAGUAUCUAUUUUCAUUUGUCGGCCAAUGUCAGAGGCAGUCUUAUGUAUAAAAGAAGGAAAGUGUUUAAACUGGCUUAUGUGUGAUGUGAACGUUGGUAUAUUAGAUCUAGCUUUACUAUUUGGAUGCAGGUUCGGGUAUUUUAUCAUCUUUGAUGGCAAAUUAAUUUGCAUGUGCAUGUACUACAAUGUAGCAGGUUAAGCUAAAGUCCAUACAUACUGUGGCUGUUUGUGCGAGCUGCUUGCCUUCUAAGGUGAUCAGCCAUUUGUGAAAUAUGUUGUACGUGAGCAGUCGCAUAUCAUUACACUUUAGUGCUGGUCCUUUUAUUUUUGUGUACUGAUUACUUUUAUACAACAUUUGUAGUUAUGUGCUAUGAAGAAAUAAAUGUGUCUAAGAAGUA